AUGCCACCGCCGAUCUCCGACGACAUCCACGACUUCACGCUGUUUGAAGACAGACCCUCCUUUGAGUUCGCUGAAUUGCUCUUCGAGAAGAUGCGUUCAUCCUCGGGGGAUAUCGACCAACUCCUCCGGAUCCUCUCAGCGAAGCGCGUCAUGAAGACAGAUGGUCAAGAGUCAUCAAAUGGGUUCUUCCCCAGCACCGACACCAUGUAUCAAACUAUCGACAAUAUCAACUUUGACGCACACUGGAUGCACGAGGAGUAUGAGUUUCACUACCGUGUGAUCGACCAGGUCUUGGUGAAUACAGCUGGAAAUGCGGAUUUCGAGGGUUAUAUUCCCUUCGAGGAGUUUCCGUCAGAGAACAACCGUCGCUUUUCGAACCUCAUGUCCGCUCAAUUCACAUGGAAGCAGGCUGACAAAAUUGCAGAAGAUCCUGCAACGCAUGGGGCUAUGCUUGUUCCCCUUAUACUUGGGGCAGACAAGACGACAGUUUCAGUCGCGACAGGACACCAGGAGUUUCAUCCGGUCUAUGCUUCAGCAGGAAACCUCAGUAACAGCAUGCGCCGAGCGCAUGGAGAAGGCGUGAUACCUAUCGCAUUCCUUCCUAUUCCAAAAACUGUGCGGCAACACUCCGACAGUGCUGCAUUCCGCACGUUUAAGAAGCAGCUCUAUCAUGACGCCCUCGCCUAUGUCCUCGCGCCCUUACGUCCAUGGAUGACGACAUCGCGUGUGAUGUGCUGUCCGGACGGGCAUUACCGUCGUGCUAUCUUUGAGCUUGGUCCCUUUAUUGCUGACUAUCCGGAACAGGUGUACGUUUCGGGCGUGGUCUCCAAGUGGUGUCCAAAAUGCCGCGCACGACCCACAGACUUAGAAAAUGAGGGUCCUCCUCGCUUCAGAGAGCACACGGAGUGCCUUAUGGAGACAUUUGACACACUCACUUUGUGGGAUGUCUUCGGUCUCGAUAGGAACAUUGUCCCCUUCACUUAUCGCUUUCCCUGUGCCGACAUCCACGAGCUCCUGUCCCCAGAUCUGCUUCACCAGCUGAUCAAGGGGACAUUCAAGGAUCAUCUCGUGGAAUGGGUCACUCAAUACAUUCAUCUGACCGCCGAAAACGAAGCUGAGGCCAAGCGAAUUAUGGACAACAUUGAUCAACGGUGA